AUGAGUGAUGUGGACACCAUCUCUUCCCUACCAGCUGCCCUGGAUGCCGGUCAAAGCGCUCUUGCAAACAACGUGAAUAAUCACCAGUCCCCUUCUGGUUCUUCAUUCCCCAAGGAGGCGAACCCACAGUUGUUCCAACCCAAGGAUUCGGAUGUUGCCCCCAAGAGCAAGGUGGAUUCUACCGACGAGGCCAAUCAGCCAUUAAGUCCAAAGGCUGACUCGGAGGCGGAAACCAUAAUCCAGUCGGGCCGUGAGUCUGUGUCGCCGGAGAAGAGGCGGAAAUACAUCAAACAUGACCCGAAACGACAUGAUGAAGGAAACGACAAACUGGAAGAACCCGAGGAGGGUGAAUUACCGCCUAAUGAUUUACAGGUGAGGAAAAGGAAGCGCUUGGGCGAUGAUGCCCAUGACGUCCGCGAUUUCGACCCUCGCCGGUCGAGGAGCCCCGCUCGGAGUCCCCGUGUCGCCAGAGAAGUGUCCCCGUCCGUGGUGAAGACAGAGAAGCCCGAGGAUUUCCCAUCGCUGCGAGCAAGCCGUGAGGAUUCUGUACCUAGGUCCGAGAAACCUCGGAUCUCGCGGAAGCGUAGCUUUAGCGAGAGUGUGGAUGGUGACAGUGCCCGUCACAACCGUUCAGCUGCUAGGGAUCUUCAUGGGAUUUCCUUACCCCCUCCAGCAUCAAAUGGCCGAUCGGUUUCGCCCGUGCGCCCUUCUCAUAAACGGACAGUCUCUGGCCCUCAACUGAGCGAGGCAUCCAAGAAGAGGAAGGCACCCACCCCACUGACUGGUUUUUCGAGGCAAGGCUCAGAGGACCGGCAAUCAGUCUCUUCUUCUACCAGUGGUUCCCCCAUGCCCAGUGCUCAUAUCCGGAAGCUUACCUCGCUUGAUGGCACCUCAGCAUCCCCCGCAAGGACCCUGGGCCCGAAGAAGCAGCGUGAUCAAAAUGGCAGAACACGACUGGCACGUGCUUGCGCAGCGUCGGAGUUGGAAACGGCAAUCGCUCGACACGCAGAACGCCCCGAGGAUCUUAAUGUGGCAGACAAUGCAGGCAACACCCCGCUCCAGAUUGCUGCUCUAGAAGGUUGCGCACCAAUUGUGGAAUUCCUUCUUAGCGUGGGUUGUGAAAUCGACACGAAGAAUAUCGACAAGGAUACCCCGUUGAUUGAUGCCGUGGAGAAUGGACAUUUGGAUGUGGUCAAACUUCUCUUGGAUGCCGGAGCGAACCCCCGUACGGUAAACGCGGAAGGCGAUGAGCCAUAUGAGCUUGUUCCGUCGGAUUGUGAUGAGUACGAUGAGAUCCGUCGUGUUAUCGCAGAUGCCAAAGCCACACCACGAACUGCCCGACGGUCGGAAGAACGCAAGGAUCCUCCAUCGCAGCGUCCUUCUGCCACCAGUCCUCGAGACUCUCCACCGGUGCAUGGAGGACGGAGCCCUCCGCUCUUCAGCGGCCAUUCCACUACUAAACGGAGGACUGUUCGCAGCGAAGCGACUCGAAACGACUUGUUGUGGACAAAACCGACUUCUGAAAAUCUCCAAGCGUUUGCUGCGAAAGGUGACAUGGCUGGAGUCGUUACUAUUCUCAAUGUAGGACAGAAGGCGGAUCCAGAGUCAAUGAUUGCGGCCGCGAAGGGUGGCCACGAUGAAGUAUUGUCUUUAAUGUUGGGAAUGGGAUUUGCAGACCCUGACCCAAACCCUGUCACCUCAUCCGGUCAAAAAUCAGGAUACAACACUCCAAUGCUUGCUGCAAUCGGGCGUGGUAACUUGGAAGUCAUUAAGCUUCUUCUUGAUCAGCCAGGUUUCAACCCAACACGUCGCCUUUUUCGCGACUGCACCUACUUUGACCUUUCUCGAGAACGCAAGGGGGAAAAUUGGGAGGAUGAGUAUGAGCUCUUGAGGGACGCUUAUGAUGAAUACUCUAGAAGAAAGUCACGCAAACCUGACCUUUCGUCGCCACGGCGGAAAGAGAAUAAGCGACCUACGCGCAGGGAAUCACGUUCCCCCAUUCCUCGACCCAAGAGACUAGCCGGAAGUCCAACUCGCCGGGAUUCUGCUCUCAAGGAAAAGCGACGGGAUGGUGUUGCUCAUCCCAAAGAAAAAUCGUUAGCGGCUCGUUCCAAGGCUCCUCGGAGAGAUAGCAGCGACAACGAGACCGAUGGACGGUUAGAGUCACCCAGACGGAAACCACGAACAUCAUCAACCACGGACGGUGAAUCUGGAACUACAUCCCGUGGAGACGAGCAGCCGAAAAGGAGACGACUUAUCCCCGGACGACCACCCCAGAGACGCCUCAGCGUUCUUUCAUCGGAUUCUGUGUCUUCUGGGCCGGAAGGCACAAAGCCUUCUGAAGCUGUGCUGUCUAAGCGAGGUCCGACAUUGAAGCGUAUUCGCUCCAGCGAAAGCCCUCCACGAUCCCGAGAUACCACAGACGUUGAAAUCCAUUAUCCCGAAACGCAAAAGAAAAAGCGACGCGUUCUAUCAGAAGAUGGUGCGCCAAAUGUCAGUAACGGAGCCGUUAAGAGAAGCCAUGAUGUCCCAGCGGAUGUAUCCAAGUCUCAUGCUCCUCCAAGGAGUAUCGAGGAUAAGGAUGAUGAUCUGCCUCGUGAACAUGGACGUGCUGCAUCCCAAAAACUAGGCCUAGCCUCGCAAAAGGGCGUUGCCGUCCCUAGAAUAUCCAGCAAUGUUGUAAAAGAAGAACGAGACAGGCGUGACGUUCGUGACUUGGAGGAAAUUCCCAUGGAGGACUCAGUCAGCAAGCUAAGGAAGACCGAAGCCAAAGCGGAAGACGAACGUCGUCAGGCAGAGAAGAUCAAAGCUGAAGAAGAGCGUGUUGCAACUGAAAAGCGACGUGCUGCCGAAGCGGAACAGGCUCAUCAAGCCAGAGUGGAAGAAGAUGAACGCGCUGCUUUCCUUGUCCAGGAGAAGGCCGAAGAGGAUCGUAAACGGAAAGAGGCCGAGCACCGACGGCUCAAACAAGCGGAAGAUGAUCGCCAAAAACGACUCGAACAUGAACGACUGCGUAUGGUUAAACUGCGCAGAGAACAAGAGGAACAGGAACAACGGCGUCGAGACGCUCUUCCCAACAGGCUUCGGGUUGCAGCUGAUCUGGUCGGGUCCAAUGAUCCCCGGGCGAAGAGCCAUGCUUGGCUAAAGCGGUUUAUGCCCUUGGUGACAGCACAAACGAAGCAGCUUGAUCCCAACUGCGAGGCCGACGUGGCGAACGAGAAAUGGAUUCCGAAUUAUCUGGUCGCCCCUUUGCUGGCUACGAACGACCUUCAGCUUUCUCAAUACGUCAGCUGGGAGAAACGCAUCGUGACUCCGACCCAAAAGGGCAACCUCUGGCGUGUCACGCGACGAAUGCUGGUUCCAGCGGAUGACACCGAGCUAGCUGGCUCCAUGGGACAGGUCAUGCAGAAGGAUUGCGCGACAAGACCAAAGUACUUCGAAAUGGAACAUGUAUUCUGGGUUAAGCUUUCCGACUUCAUGGACCUCGUUCCUCAUAUUCCGCACCUGCACGGACUUGACAUCCAGUUUCUCCAGAUGCAUAUCGACAAGGAGCCCUCGGCCGAAGAGCCAGUACCCAAGCCGCAGCCUAAUGGGCAUCAUGUUCUAGAAUCUCCGCACGUUAAUGGUCUUUCCGCCGGCACCGGAAACCUACCUAACGGCUUUGGUCAUGCACGACCAAGUACAUACGUUUAA